CGGCGGAACGAUGGAGGCAUUGGUAGAAAAUGCGGCAGCCCCGCCUUCCCGUUUCUACUGUCACUCGUGCGCCAUCGAAAUCGAUCGUGUCUCGUCGGAAUUUACAUGUCCACAUUGUCUGGAAGGAUUUAUCGAAGAACUUCCGACAUUGGAACGGAGCGGAUCGGCUGGAUCCGCAGCGGGACAAGAUGCGGACCAAGCGACAAGCGAUAUGGAACAGGCAACAUGUCCUUCUCUAAUCUAUCCUUUCUCGAAGCAGACAAUAAGGUUGGACGGUGAAUUGUUCCCAGAAGAUCUGCUGUCACCAUUCCUGCGGCGCAUUGGCAACCAACAGGGUCAACCGGCGGGUGGUGCAGGAUCGGGCAAUGGCUAUCACGCCCUGUUCACCGUAGAUGACAUUCCCAUGGACGGUAGCAGUGGUGUCCCGUCAUCCGGUGGUGCCUCCGGUGGUACCGAUGCCGGCGAAGGUGCCGCAAGCAGUAGUGGUGCGGGUGGUUCCGGCGACACACGUCCUUCCUUCAUGCGUUUCGCCGGAAGGCGGGGUAGUCGAAGGCGGGGCGUGCAAACCAUAAACCACGUAGAUCAAAUAUUACGCGAAAUCUUGAUAUCGGUAUCGGGUGGUGCUACGGGAGGAGGCGUCAGUGGCCCAAUGUUCUUCAUGGGUAACCCGGGCGACUAUGCGUGGGGACGUGAAGGCAUCGACACGAUCGUCACACAGCUGCUCAACCAAAUGGACAAUACGGGGCCACCGCCGCUGGAGAAAGAGCGGAUUGCGCAGAUACCUAGCGUCACCAUCAGCGCGGAACAGGUCGACCAGAAGCUACAGUGUUCUGUUUGCUUCGAAGAUUAUGUAGUAGGCGAACCGGUCCGGAAGUUACCUUGCUUGCAUGUCUAUCACGACCCUUGUAUCAUUCCGUGGCUGGAACUUCACGGUACGUGUCCCAUCUGUCGUAGCAGCCUCUCGCCGGAAGAUGGGCACCCGGGUGCGCAGUCACAGUCACCAGACAAUGCCCAAUCACCGAGUGAUAGUACACAGCAACAGCAGCAACAUCAGCAAGCAGCAUCCCAGCCACAGUCUGAUUCCGGCCGGCAGAAUUCCAACUUUCUCACCUUCACAAUACAUGAUCUGCUUCCUACACUUUCAGGACCCGCUAUGACGAACCUGCUGUUCGAGAUGGGACAACCGAUGGGGGCAGGGGCGGCAUCAUCCGCUUCAUCAUCUAGUCUACCACCGUCGGCUUUCGGUAGCAUUGGUGCCACUGCUUCCGGUGCGGCCGGUACCGGAACCAACGCUAAUGGUGGAGCGAGCGUAAAUCACACCAACACCACACCGGGUUCUACAUCCACCGGUAGCAAUGGUGGCAAUAAUGGGUCACAAACGAGCGGCCAGCGAGAUGAGGACGGAACCAUUGAUUACACGCUAGAACUAGAUUAACCAAAAAGACGUCCU